AUGUCCCACCCACAGGACGCAUGGAAGCAGCUUCAGAGGAUGGCCAAUAGGGCCGGAGCCGGCGGAGGCGGACCUUCACCAAAGGGCAUUGCCGGAGGUCUCGGUGGAACCAUCCUCCUCGGAGGAGCUCUCUGGGUCGCCAGCAAUUCCCUUUUCAACGUCGACGGUGGUCACAGAGCUAUCAAAUAUACCAGAAUAGGUGGCGUGGGCUCUCAGAUCUAUAAUGAAGGAACGCAUUUCAGGAUCCCUUGGUUCGAAACACCCAUAGAUUACGAUGUCCGAGCGAAGCCACGUAACGUUGCGUCCCUCACCGGAACCAAGGAUCUUCAGAUGGUCAAUAUUACUUGCCGUGUGCUCUCCAGACCCCGAAUCGAUGCCCUUCCCCAGAUCUACCGAACACUAGGCACAGACUACGACGAGCGAGUCCUACCUUCGAUUGUCAACGAGGUGCUGAAGAGUGUGGUUGCGCAGUUCAAUGCUAGUCAGUUGAUUACCCAGCGUGAGAAUGUCGCAAGAUUGGUCCGGGAAAAUUUGUCGAAGCGUGCGGCGAGAUUCAACAUCCUGCUUGAUGAUGUUUCUCUGACGCACCUUGCUUUCUCCCCCGAGUUUACAGCUGCUGUUGAAGCUAAGCAAGUCGCCCAACAAGAAGCCCAACGUGCAGCAUUCGUUGUCGACAAGGCCCGCCAAGAGAAGCAAGCUAUGGUCGUCCGAGCCCAGGGUGAAGCACGGUCUGCCGAGCUGAUUGGAGAUGCCAUCAAGAAGAGCCGAUCAUAUGUUGAUUUGAAGAGGAUUGAGAACGCGAGAGCCAUUGCACAGAUCCUGCAAGAGGCUGGUGGAAGGAACAAGCUGUACUUGGACUCGGAGGGUUUGGGUUUGAAUGUGUCGGAGGCUUUUGAGGACAAAUCGAAGAAAUAA